AUGUCCCACACUGGGUGUCCUGACUUGGAAGAAGCGAUUGAUGAGGAAGAGGCCGAUUUGCAGCCCUUUUCACUACUUAACGUUGGUGAUGAAAAAUUGACUGCGGCUGCUGAAACCUCAUUUGACGAAUCUGUUUGGGGUACCGUGAAGGAAAAUUUUUCAAUUGAGGAGAUUAUGAACGGCACAGGGGAAAAAUUGGAUGGCAAGCAUGCGGAUAAUGAUGAGGGGCGUGAGGAGGAGUGGGAUGAUAAAACGCAACUUUAUAUUCCCGAAUCAGCCUUCACGUUUAGCCGCAGAAAGAGGCCGAAACUUCCCCGACUUCCAGUGGAAUCCCUUCCUGCAGGGUCCUCUGUGUGGAUUGUGGAUGAGUACGAUGUCUGCCAUUUGUUGCGGGAAUACUGGAGCGAGUCACACCGCGUUGUUUGUAAUGGCAGGUCACGAGGGACAGUGGUCCGGCACUCCGGUAAAAUGACACUCGUCGCUUUUCGCAAUGAUCACGCCGAGUUGGACUAUGCUCUGACGUUCCCACGGAUAUGUCUAUCGACUGAGCCUAUAGAGGCGUAUGAGGAAUCUGGAAGUUAUAGUAGCAGAUCAGGUCCACUGUUGCGGGUUUUUGGAAACUUUGCCAGCCAACCUGGAUGCUGUCAAGAUGGUCCUAAUAAUUGUGAAGUGCUUCGCUGUGUCAGUCAGUAUUACGAGUCUCUAUACAUUUUAGAGGUACAAUCUCCGCGGUUAGUGGAGAUACGGGAUCAUAUCGUCGGCGGAAGGGGUGAAGAAGCACUGCACCUUUUAGAGACCUUUGAGAAUGAGUCUAGUGUCACGGUGAGCUCAUUGAUUCUACGUUCCCGCGCCAAGGUGUCUCUUGGACGCUACGAAGAGGCGAUGGCGGAUGCUCAGCGGAUUAUAGCCCUUGAACCACUUUGGGUAAAGGGGUAUCUCUGUGCUGCACGUGCUUUAAGUGGAAUGGGAAAGUUUAAGGAAGCAUGUGACAACGUCAAGUGCGCGUUGCGGAUGCUUCCGAACUCGCAAGAGCUGCACGCAGUAGAGGAACUGAAUUCGUUCAUGCUUUCCCUCCAAGGAACUCUGCCAGUCGACAGUUUGGGACUCUACAUUGAUGGACAGUAUAGGAAGCAACUUGUCGCCCGUCGCUAUUUCCGAGCAUCGGAAAUUGUUUAUGCUGAGGCCAGCAUAAUUCUCGCCAUGGAGUCCCCUUGGUCAGAGCCGUCUGAUAGAUGUUGCGUGUGCCUCAAACCUGCCUCUAGUCUGACGCCCGUGUCCGCGGAGUGUUCACCUCUUCCGGGUAAGCGCAUAGCACUCUUCUGUAGCGAGGAAUGCCGUCAACGCUCGUCGCUUUUCUUUAGCAUAGAAUACGGGCGUCACCGCGCUGCUGUUGACCGGGCACGUGAUCUUAUUGGUGUCAACUCUGCCCCUGGGGAGAAACGCACAUUGUUUGAUUUGACGUAUAUGGCAACGCGGUUGUUCCUUAUGGUCUACGUCACGUACGGACGACUACGCGCCCAGCAGGACAAUUCGCGUGAAGAUGAGCAACAAGAUUCAGUAUCUUCCUACGAAGGUUUCUCCGAACCACGUGUGUCGGGAAACGAUGGGGUUUUACCUUUGCAAUCAGCUUUGCAGCAGCUUGGUGUCUUUCCAUUGGUUAACGCGGAUCCACAAGGCAACAUAAAUAAGAAAGUGUAUAUGGUGUAUGAUAACCUAACUACCUUCUUUACAAAAGACGAAAAAGAGAUGUUCUCGCUUCACUUGUUUUACGCGCUAUACGAAUACGUCUCGGUUUUUGCGGUUGGGGUAAAGGGUUCAAACUGCGAAAACGGCUCGGUCUUGUAUUAUCUUCCCCAACUGCUUGGUGCGGUGCGCCGUGUAUCACUCAAUGAAGCAAACUGUAAAGUAGUCGUCGAUGAGACAAGUUCGUCUGUUAAACUUGUCGCCUUAAGAGAUAUCGGUGCUAACGAAGACUUGUCGAUUCCUUCAUGGGAUGUUGCUCCACAUUUGUGA